GAUAGAAAAUCUAAAAAUAUGGCGGCAAUGUCAAUAUGUGCGUAUUUUUGACAUUUUUGUUGACAAUAUACUGAUUGUUUACUGUCGAAAAAUAAAAUAUCAAAUUUAAUGGAUGUGUUAUAAAAUUUUAAAAAUAAAAUAAACAUUAAAUAAUUGUUUUAAAUUGUGAAUAGUGCCAAUAGAAUGUGAACAAUUAAGGUUUUUAUUUCAAACUAUCUCCCAAUAUGCGUUUCAAUAAGCAAGAAUUAGUCACUUUAGCCAUACAACCAUCAACAAAAUUUGAGAAAGAAGGAGUACUGUUUUUGCGAGAAAAACAGGAGGGAUUUUUUAGAAAAACUGAAGUAAGUUUAGAAAGAUGGUGCAGACUUCGAGGAAAUCUCUUGUUUUAUUUCAAAAACCGUGAUCCUUGGUCUGAACCAUUAGGAGUGAUUGUUCUUGAACAGUGCCAAGUUAGGAUAGAUCCACCAAUGUCUGCAUCACCAUUUAUGAUUGAAGGAUAUUUUCCAUUUUACUUAGUGUUUGAUGGGGGACUUAGUCAAGCUCUUGCUUCUAUAUCAGACAUUGAACGAUCUAGUUGGAUAGAUGCGAUUAAACAGGCAAGCUACGAAGGUAUCAGAGCUGAAUUGAGUGCUCUAAGACAGUGCAUAGAAAGAAGAAAAAAUCAUAAACCAGUAGUCGAUUUACAAACUUGGCGAAUGCAGCACACGCAUGCUCUAGAUGUUACUGAAAUACCAUUGUGUGAAGCGUCAUUUUCUUGUGAUAAUUUACUCUGUGAUGGUCAUGGUAGACCACCGAAUCCUUCUCUAGUCAUAGAUGUUUAUAUACCUUCUUCGAAAUUUUGGGUACAAUAUGGCAGAACCGAGGUUAUAGAGAGAUGUAGUAACCCCAUUUUCCUUUCUACUGUGAGCUUCCGGGCAUCUGACGGUCUUUCCAGAGAUACAAGAGUGCGUUUUACCGUUUUCGAUGUAAGAGAAAGAGUAUCUGAUACUGCAGUACCUUUAGGGUCGUCUUGUAUUCUUUUGAGCGUUAUACAAGACUCUACAAGACUUCGUAUACCGUUUAUGUCUAGGUCUAAUAGUACCGUAGGAUUCCUGACAAUUAAUGCUUGGUUUUUAGAAAGGGAAGACAAGAAUAGUAGUACUGAACAUACACCUUGUAAGAAGCCGUUACAUAAUCCCCAACAGGCAUUCGCACAUCGUAGAUCACAGUCUUUACCCCCUAGAUUGGGUGUAAAAAUGAAACUUCCCAAUCAAUCCGAUUUAAAAUUGAUAUUCGCUUCACCACAUUUGCAAACUUAUCGUUUUCAUUCAGGUUUAGGGGGAGAUAUUUGCGUGCACGAAUAUAUGGCUGAAAGUAGGAUCAGUUUUUCUUUCCCACGACAAGUACUCGAUAUAUGGAUCCAACAGGAGAAAGAGCUCCUACAGGAGGUGGCAGGUAUGGGAGAACUGCGAGAACCUUGGCAUUCUAGACAGGUAGAACUGUUAGAUAGACACUUGCACCUAUUGCGGUUGUAUUCUCAAGCUAAAGAAAAUCUGCAAGCACACAAGGGAAGUCUUUUCAAGGCUAGCAGUAGAAAGGGCGAUAGAACUUUGGAAUUUGCUCCUGUUAAUUUACAUUUGCAACGGAUGUGGGUGCACAACGACACGCUUAACAAAUCGGGUUUUUAUGAUUGGAUUACCGUAGGUGCUUUUACAGCGCAUUCACACAAAUCUAAAAAUGGUGGAUUGAUUAAAUUAGUUCAACAACUCAAAGAAUCUCCCAUAAAAAGCGGUACAAAUUGUCAAAUAACUACGAAAAUUUCAAUGGCGAACGACGCCAUCCAAGCCAUCAAACAAUUACGAAAAGAAGUCGUAGAAGCCAUGCGGAACUUGAUGCGACUGGCUAAAGAAAAACAAACCAACGGCAUGUUACCUAUAUGCGAAGAUAUGAUAAACAAAACUCGCAUACUACUAAGUCUAUGGGACUCAGGUCUGGUGGAAGAAGCAUUAAAUUUCAUCGAAGAAUAUAAAUUGAUAGCGAAUGAAGAUUCCGGAAUGGGCGAUGACGAUACCAGCAUGGAUAGUUUAGGUAGACCCAACGUUUUAUCACCAUUCAAAAGGAUAACGCAACAACUUAAUACGUUGGAUUUGAGAAGUCCGGAAUUGGAAGAUUUUGCUACACCUUGUACUCCUAUUAACGAUGAAGAUAUAUGGAAGGUACAAAACCAAAACGAUUCUAAUUGUACAACGUUAAAUACCAGCGAAGUUGUUCAAAAACUUUGUUCUGACAUGCAAACACCAGACGAAUCUAAUUUCGUUCUUUUUCCAGAUUGCGAAGACAACCAAAAUGAGAAUUCUAUUGAAACUUCUACUGAAAUAAAUAGUAGUACAAUUGAUGUAGAAAGUGCGGGAAGUACAAUACAACUGGUAACUUCGGAAAGGGAUACAGGACGUACUUUUCUCGAUACUAAUAUUAUGUGUAAUUCUCCAUCGGCUAAUUAUUAUAAACCAACUGAUGAACCUGAACCUUGGGAUAUCACUCAGUUGAAUAUUGAAGCUAGCGUUAUGUGUCUUGUUAGCAAAGUCAAAUUUUUAUGCGGAAGGUGUAAUAGUCCAGCUGUAAGACUAAAACCGAACUUUAGAAACAGUAAAAAAAGUAUUAUCGUCGACCAACCCAUAAGAGGCACUAUAAUCGAAAAAGAAACAGAAGCAGUUACAAAAGUUGUUAAUAAAAUUGUAAAGAACGGUAACAAAUUUACUGACGGUCUGGAUAUAAAUAAAAUCAACGAUUGGGCGGCUGAGUUGAGGCCCAGUAUGCGUAAACUACGUUUAGCAAUGGACGGUCUAUUAAAAACGGCGCGACUCACUCAUUCGGUUUUCAGAGUACAAGAAAGUCCGAAAAUAGCUCAGAGGUUCUGUAAUGUGCGAUACAGAAGAGACGUUUGUUUUUCGCAAGCCUUAACUUCUCUUGUCACCGCUUUGAUGUCGAAACUAUGGUGUCAAAAACCUGAUCCGAAUUAUGUGACAAUGUUGAGUGGUUUAGGACCUUUAGCUCAUUUCGAAGGACUUUUGAGUUAUUAUGGUAACGAGAUUGAUAUGUGGGGAGAUAUGUCGGUGGCUAUUGAAGACCUAAGAACGGUUCUAUUCAUUUUAGUUAGGAGUCCUAGUCCGGCUACUGAACCAUAUCCAAAUCCGAAAGUAUCAGGAACAAGAAAUUCUCUAGUAGUAUCUCUACCUGUACCGGAUUCCCUUUAUAGUCUCAUACCGUCAAGACAAACUGUAUCUUUUCACGUGACCCCUGUAUUUUUCAAUAUAGGGAUCAACGAAAUGGCUACCGUCGCCGAAAGUUUGGGGGCUACUAAACCUCAGGAACGAUCAAACAUAGACAAUUUCGAGCGAUUGAAUGAAUAUUAUUUGCGUUACAAGAAAUUAAAGAUUUUAGAUAACGCCCGUAGAAUUUCCACUGGUACAGUUCAAUCGAGACCUGUUAGUGCCAUAAUAGAAGAUCUUCGAAUAUCUGUACAUAGUUCUAAAGCCAAAAAUGUCGAAAUACUUCAUUUAGCAGCGCAAAUUUGCAGAAAAUUGAAUGGUUUACGAUUUACCAGUUGUAAAAGUGCCAAAGAUAGGACAGGGAUGUCUGUUACCCUAGAAGAAUGUCAGAUUCUAGCAGACGAGUAUCAUCUGGCCGAACACGAAUUUCAAAGAGCUUUAGAUUGUUUAAGGAGCGAGGGUUGCCGUAGAGAAAACGCUUUCAAGAAUAUCGGUAUCAGAAAAUAUGCUUUUAAUUCUAUACAAUUAUUAGCGUAUCCGAAGUACUAUCGACCACCACCCGGAACGUACGGAUCCGCUCAAACUUGAAUUAUUCGUAUACAUUUUUGUAGUUUUCGGGAUAUUUCGGUUGAAAAUAUUUUAAUUUAUGAUUUUAUUUUGACAAAUAUAUAUUUUUGACAUGAAUAUUUCAUAGCAUAUUGUUUCGAUAUAUCGUUAGGUUCAUCCAAGAUCUGUACAACAUAUUUCUUCAGCUUUUCACUUCUUAUACAUAUUUAUAUGUUUUUGUUGAUAAAUCGUCCUCAUUUUAGGUCUCUUCUGAUUUGAAAAGUAAAAAUAUUUUUUCUAAAUCUAAUUUUCAAUCAAAAGAGACCAAAAAUAUUCAUAUAUAUUUAGAUCAAUACAAUUUUAGUGAAAAAACUGGCGCAGUCAGUGGUACAAGUGAAUGGAAAAACAAUUCAUACGGAAUUUAAGGUUGCCAAAAGAAAAUUAUUAAAAACCUUUUUUAUGAAAAGUUUUUUCACAGGUUUUUCAAAUAAAACAAUCAAUUCAGUUAUAUUUUCUUAAAAACAUCAGUUAUUUAGAAACUAUAGAUUUUUUCAAAUAAUUAUUGAAUAACUUUUACAUUUUAAUGAAAAAAAUUUUUGUAUCAACAAAAUUUUACUAAACAAACAGUAAAACUGGCGCAGUCAGUGAGAGAAAUAAAUAUAAGAAAUUUGAGGCUACCAAAGAAAAUUAUGUAAAAAAUUCGUUUUAUAAAAAGUUUUUAUCAGAAUUUUCAAAUGAUACUGUUAAAAAUCUUUGCCAGAUAGAUUAUGAGCGUUUUCGUAUAGUGACAAAAUUAAACACUAAAGUGUAGUAACUCUAAUAUAUUCCGAGCUUUCGAAUACUUCUGUAUUCAUCAUCUGUGAAUUAAUUAGUUGAUAAUUGUUAAUUAAUAUCACAAAAUUUAUAACACCACGAUUCUUAACUAAUCAAUUCCUUGACAAUGAAUACAUAAGUAUUCGAAAGCUCGGAAUAUAUUAUAUAUUAGAGUUAGUACACUUUAGAGAGUGUAUUUUAAAUAACUGAUUUGUGUAGUCGUGUACUCCCUGUAUAGUGUAAACAGACGUCUAAUAUUAUUAAAAGUAUAUGUUUUAUUGUUAUUAUUGUAUGUAUAAAAUGAUUUUUAUUGCUUUAAAAAUAAUUUUUAUUAUUUAUUUAACGAAAUAUUAACGAAAAUUCAUCCGAAAUAUCCCAUUUUAUGGCAUUUACUUACUACUAGAAAAAUUAUCCAGUUGCAUUUAAAAGUAUUAAAAAUGUUUUGUUUAUAGUUAUUUAUAUUUUUUUUCUCUUUAUUUUUUAUAGAAAACUUGGACAAUCUGUUAAACAUGUUAAUUCAAAAAAAAUUAUUUGGAAAAAUCA